CAGCAGGUGGAGGCAGGACCGGCCUCGGCAGCGCGGGCUGGUCCUGCCGGGCGCCCGGGCUCGGCCGGAGCCCCCCCAGCGCUGGGCACAAAACCGGGCAGCCGAGGCCAGAGGGCUCCUCCUGGGCACUCUCCGGACCCUGCCAGCUUGCCCCGGAGCUUUGGCAUUUGGGGACCACCUUUUAGACCGCUCCUCUUCCCGCCUCGAUUUGGGGGGUGCAGGGUGCGGAUCUUCAUCCCUAAUUGGGGAAAACCCCGCAUCUCCCUGCUGGAAUUUCUUUCUUUUUCUUUUUUUCUUUGUCGGGGGCGGAGGGGGGGCUUUUUUUUUCUCGCUGAAUCCACCUCUCCAGGUGUGAGAGGGGGGUCUCGGCCCCGAGGAAAGAAGAGUCUGGCGAGGCUCCUUGCUUUCCCUGCAUUAGAAGUCGGGGCACCUGUGUUUCUUGUGGAUGUGUGGAUUUUUUUUUCUUUCUUUUCCUUUGGCCGGAGGGAGGGAAGGUGUGCUGGGGCUGUGGACACCAUGGCCUUCACUUUCGCUGCUUUUUGCUACAUGCUGUCCCUGGUCCUGUGCGCUGCGCUCAUCUUCUUCGCCAUCUGGCACAUAAUUGCCUUUGAUGAGUUGAGAACAGAUUUCAAGAGCCCCAUAGAUCAGUGCAAUCCAGUUCAUGCGCGGGAGCGAUUAAGAAACAUCGAGCGCAUCUGUUUUCUUCUGCGAAAGCUGGUGCUGCCCGAAUAUUCCAUCCACAGCCUUUUCUGUAUCAUGUUCUUGUGUGCUCAGGAGUGGCUGACCUUGGGACUGAAUGUUCCUCUGCUUUUCUAUCACUUCUGGAGGUAUUUCCACUGCCCUGCGGACAGUUCAGAGCUAGCCUAUGAUCCUCCUGUGGUCAUGAAUGCUGACACCUUGAGUUACUGCCAGAAGGAAGCCUGGUGCAAGCUGGCGUUCUAUCUCCUCUCCUUUUUCUACUACCUUUACUGCAUGAUCUACACUCUAGUGAGUUCUUAACUGCAAGAUCUCAUCAUCAGAGACCGGGACCAUGAAAAGGAUGGAAGAUGAGGAAGCGUCGCCCACGCUCAGGCUUGGUUGAAAGGACCAGGAGGAGGGGAAUGUUGGAAGCAAGGCAGUCUGUGGCGUGUGUGAGUGUGAGACCCAGCAGGAAGAAUGACUUCAUUCAAAACUGAAAUAAUGCAGCUAGUGGGCUGAGUAAACUGUGAUCGUCUGUUGUUGCUCUGUGUAUUGCAGUCUUUGGCAUUCAAAAUCCCACACACGAGUUGUAUAUCACUUCGGAGAAUUGGGGGCGGGAGGGGUGGGUGAUGCAGAAACCUCUCAUGGGUAAGAAUUGCUGCUUUCCUGAAACCACUUCAUAAAACAGCUCCCCGCAAUUUCAUGCUGAGUUCCUGGUAACCGUUCAGUUGGACUGUGGGGCAGCGGGAUGGAGCAGGGGUAGGGGAAAGGAGCAGGGCCGGAAUCAUGCCAUGAAAAGGAUGCUAAUUCUUAGGUGCUGGGGCCUGGAAUGCAGAGCAAGAUGAGUAUACUGGGUUUUAACUGGUAAAGAUCCGGGAACUCCAGCUGCAGAAGAAACUUUUCCUGACCCUUCAGAAGAACUGCCUCAUUCUUUUCCACCAAGGAGAAGGAGGCUAGAAGCAAACUUGUGGGAUACCUUUCCCUCAGAUGGUUCAAUUUUCCACCUGAGGUUUGUGAGAUUCCAAUUUAGAAGUAAUUCACUGAGGUCAAAAUACCACUCGUAUUUAAUAUGAACUCAGGUGGAAGGAUAUCCUUCCUGGAAAGAACAGUGCAGACUGGAAUACUUCAACUUUGUGAAAUAUCUCCAGUGGGUGAAACUUCAGUGACUGCUAGUUUGAUCUAUUAACUUUUAAAUGGUGUAUCACGAAUGAAAGCCCAUUAUUUAUGCCACCUAUUUAAGAGUCUGGAUGGUUGGAAUGAAGCCUCCUACCCUGAACAGUGGUGCAUUAGCUCUUCAUGUACCUCGAAGGAUGGCAGUCUGAUUUUAGUGUGUAAAUUUUUGUAAUGUUGCUUCAUUUGUAAUGUUCCAAUUUAACCUAAAGAUAAUAGGCUCUUUAUUAAAUUUCCACAUAAUAACUAUUAAAAACCCAGUUAAUAAUGGAUGGCUCUGGUGGCAGAUGACUGAAGAAUGGAGGAAGUUUUGGGUUUGUUUUUUUAAGAUUGGGAGCAAAAAUGAUCUCCAUCCCCAAAUUUCUAUGUUUCAACCCCUCAUUUAAACCUGGCCUCUAAGAUGGUGUGUGUGAGGAGGAUGUUUAUGGAACAUAUUGUGUGCUUUCAUUAAAAAAAUAGCAAUUCUAGAA